CCGCAAACGCCACUCCGUGAAUUCCCUCUUGCCCUAUUAUAUUGUGUCUAUGCCAUAUCCUUCCUGUUCUUGCCGUGUUUCCGUAACCGCUCAUUUUUGACGGUCUCACCUGAUUUCCCUAUCGCGAUGGGACUAUGCACUCUCUGUCAGACCAUUGACUUCGAACAUCUUCCUUCGCUGCCCUCUCAUUAUGAAGGCUACACGAAGCCUUGGGAUGGCUUGCUCUCAUUCAUGAGUUUGCGGCUGAACAACGCUCGUAAGGCUGACGAAAGUGAAAAUGCGGGGGAAUUUAGCCAACCAUUGGGCAUCCCACACCACCAAUCUAUUGACGAACUGAAAAAUGCAGCCGAUGAUUGCCCAAUCUGCUCCAUCAUUGAACGAGCUGUCCGUCAAACUUUAACCGCAAUUGCUGAAGCCGAGCAAGACGAGGUUUUUGUGUAUUACAACAAGCAGGAGAGGCUACCGGACUUUCGGCUUUGGCUGACAAGGCGACGGGACAAGUGCGAUGGGUUCAUGGUUGUCUCUUCCAGAAACCCAGUUUAUGUGUGUCUCUUGGCUGCGGUUGGCUUUUGUGUCGAAGACGCGGACCCAUUGAGUGUCUACCUAAAGGGUCGCGUUAUUGACGAAGACCCAUUGUCGAUACUCACACUACAUAGAACACUAAAUUGGGUCCACGAAUGUAAUAACGAACAUACCACAACAAGAUGUUCUAGUGUAGCAGACGUCAAGAAGCUACCAUUGCGGGUUCUUGAUCUUGAGUGUGACACUGCACGGAGUAGGAUCAGACUGUAUGAAACAAAUGGGGCGUUGGGAAAGUACACAGCACUGAGCCACGUCUGGGGUAAUCACCGUCACUUCACGACGACACAAGCAAAUAUUCCAGGUUUGAAGAAAGGAAUCACUUUGGAUGUCCUUCCCAGAACAUUUCAAGAUGCUGUGUUCCUCACUCGAAAGCUAGGUAUACAAUACCUUUGGAUUGACUCUCUGUGUAUUUGUCAAGACGAUGGUCCUGACUGGGAACGAGAGUCAGCAAAGAUGGCUUCGAUCUACGCAAACGCGUAUAUCACAAUUGCUGCGAGCGCGGCAAAGGAUGAUUCCGAAGGUUUAUUCAGCCAACGUUCUCGCCCCAACUACGUAUCAUUUGAGUACACGAGAAACAAUGGCUUGUCUGGCAAAGUGUAUGCAUUUCUCAUCCCCCUGGAAGAAGCUGCUUGGCCAGGAACCAUUUGUGAGCAAGAUAAAGAGCCCUUGUCCAGUCGUGGGUGGACUUUACAAGAACGCUUCCUGGCGUCUCGUGUAUUGCAUGUUGGAGCAAAACAACUCUACUUUGAGUGCUACAGUCAUUUUCUGAGUGAGGAUGGCUUCCGCAUACAGGGCCGUUUUAACAGCGUCCAUGAAGACUCCCACCCUAGCCAAGUCAAGGCCGACGGAUCCGGUUCAGAGUUGUUACAGAAUAGCAACUUUCGAGGACCAUGGCUAUGGUACUCAAUCUUGUCCAAGUACUAUUCAAGAAAAUUAACAAAAGAGUCGGAUAAGCUUCCAGCACUCUCCGGUAUUGCUCAAACUUUCGAGGAGAAAACGGGUGAUAAAUACGUCGCAGGCCUGUGGCGCUCGACACUUGUUGAGGGUCUGCUAUGGCAGGCCUUAGGGACGCGUCGAAGAGCGACUAGUGCGCCGCUGCAGUAUCGAGCCCCCUCUUGGUCCUGGGCUUCUAUCGAUGGCCCGUUCGCAAAUAUAGGACUUGUUAGUAAUGAACCAUUCGAUCGAUCAAGUUGGAUCGAUAUAUCUACUAUUCUCGAUUGCCAAGUGGAGCUGAAGGGCAAAAAUCCCUAUGGAGAGGUCAAGUCUGGCUGGAUUAAGAUCAGGGCUCCGAUUGAACCACUUUCUCCCAGCCAAGAGAAGGAAGUCGAUUGGGAGACAGUUCCUCAUGAAAGAGCUUUGAGGAUGAAGACAAGAGCCGGAAAGCCAUAUGGCACAUAUUGUAUGUUCGAUACUUUGGAUGAUGAGACGGCUGCGCAGAUGCCUCUCUGUGCUCUUAUCCUAACACGGGGGGAUAAAGAGAAUCCUAGUUAUCAAGCGCUCAUUAUUACUCCGACAGAGGGAAAGCCAGAUCAGUAUCGGCGGGUUGGUAAGAUGAUCAUGGAUAACGAAGUUUUGGGAGUGUGUGAUUGGAUGAACGGCGAAGCGGAGCUUGCUACGAUAGUGUUAGUUUGA